CGUUGUUACAUUGCGGCACAUGUUUUGACGCGUCUGUCUUUGAUGUUUCCGUAAUAUUGCCAAAGUCAACUGUUUUUUUCGGUGAUUUUAGCUCUUUUUUUCUUAUCAAGACCUCAAUGUUUUGAAAGGGAGAAAAUGUUUAAACCCGUGCUUCCACUUUAUUACGCAAGAAUAUUCCCGUUCGAUGAGAUCCACCGUUGGCUGAGCUACGGUGAAGAUGAAUUAUUCCUCAACCGAGAGUUCGCUUUGAAUUUCGAUGGAGAGCGAUUUUUGAGGUAUCAAUUUUACAAGGAUGCAGCGCACUUGAAGCGAGAAAUCAAAUCUCUUCGGCCUACUAAAAUCGACAUUGGCGCUAUUUACAACAAACCUCCCAAAAAACUUGAUCGUGAGUCGAUUUUUCCUGUGAACAAAGAAUUCAUAAUUGAUAUUGAUAUUACUGACUAUGAUGAUGUGAGGACAUGCUGCUCUGAAGCAAACAUUUGCAAUAAAUGUUGGAAAUUUAUGGCUUUAGCGAUGCAAAUCCUUGAUGAAGCAUUUAGAGAGGAUUUUGGAUUUCAACAUAUAUUAUGGACGUUUUCUGGAAGGAGAGGGGUUCACUGUUGGGUGUGCGAUGAGAGUGCUAGACAAUUAAAAAAGCAAACUAGAUUUAGUGUCGCUAGUUAUUUGCAAGUUGUCACUGGAGGUGUAUAUAGAAAGAAAAAGGUUGAUCUCAAAGAGCCCAUUCAUCCUUUUGUUAGGAGAGUACUUGAUAGAGUUCAAUCAAUUUUCAUAGAUAUGUGCGUUAUAGAACAAAAUAUAUUGGGUACCAAUGAAAUGGUAUCAAAAUUUUUAGAAAUUUUAAACAAUCUCAGCAUGCGUACUGAAGUGCACAGUAUCUUCAAAAAAUAUACAACCAGUUUAGAACGAUGGUUGGCAUUUGUUGAGUGUUUCAGAACUAAAAUCAACAAUGGUUCUGAAGAAUGGAAUGAGUUUCCAUUUUUAAUUGAAGAAAUUAUGUUGCAGUAUACUUAUCCAAGAUUAGAUAUAAAUGUUACUUUAGGAUUGACACAUUUAUUAAAAUCCCCUUUUAGUGUCCAUCCUGAUACAGGCAAAAUAGGCAUUCCUUUAGAUAUUAAAACAAUAGAAAAUUUUGAUAUUAAGUUGGUGCCAAAUGUCUUUGAUAUAUUUGAUCAAGUUGAUGCAUAUGAUUUAAAAGCAAAGAAUCAAGAUAUGGCUGGUCAAGUAAAUAAAAAAGUGUCAGAAAUCGAAAAAACAAAUCUAAAUCAGUAUUUAAAAAUAUUUCGUGAAUUCAUUGAUGAACUUGAAAAAGACAAAACAGAAAAAGAAAUGAAAGAAGAAAUUAUUACAGAAAGCCAAGGACUUAAUGACGAAUACUUAUUAGAUACCUAAUGAGCUAUUCAUUUCGUCAUUUAUACUUUCUUAGUUUUUAAGUGUUAUAAAAAUUUAAACCAGAUUAAUAUUUUAAGAAUUAAUUUGCGUUGUUAUAAAGUGUUAUGAAAAAAACAUUGAAAAAUUGAAAUAUUAAUAGACCUAUGGUCGAGUAAUACGAUCUCUUGUUUGAAUACGAUCGUUUUAACUUUGAAGACAAAUUGUUCGACUCGAGAAAUGACGCGCUGAGAAGUAUAAAUUUAUAUAUUAAGAGUAUAAAAAAAAAAUUAAGUCGCCGGUAUUAUACAGUUACGUGUAUGGAAUUAUAAAAAGCUGUGAUAACUUCCUUCCGCGGUGCGUUGCACAAUACGUUCGUCGAAUUAGUAUGUAUUUUGUGUCCACCACGAUUGUAACAAUAUGUAAUAAAAUAUUUUUACAAUAAUUUUUUAACGUAUAACUUCUAUUGAUGUAUUAGAUGAAUAAGUCAUGCGUGUGGGACACUGGGGAAACGAAUUUUUCGUUUUUGUCUCACGAGCUAGACAUACUCGUUAGAUGCGGUUUGGAUUGCGGUUAAUUUUUUCUUGCAUGAACCUUUGAUAGAAGAUGUUUCAUGGCCAAGGCUCAGCGUAAUAAUAGACCGUACGUUUUAUUCGAAAUAAUAUGGUUGCACAUGACGUCACCGUUUAAUUUAUUCGACUAACAACACGUUCCACAGACGCACGUGCGAUCGACGACUUUCUUUCUCACAUAAAAUUGUCGCAUUUCCUUAAAAGUAGCAAGCAUCAAUAAUUUAUGAGAUAUUUUU